GAAGGAAACCAAAAAAAGAAAGCAACAAUGAAGAACGACGUCGUCGGGCACCGUCAUCAGGAGCUGAAGUUCCGCGGUAUCCGGCGGCGUCCCUGGGGGAAGUACGCGGCGGAGAUACGUGACCCGGCCAGGAAAGGGGCACGGCUGUGGCUGGGAACGUACGACACGGCGGUGGAGGCGGCUCGGGCCUACGACCGAGCCGCGUUCAACAUGAGGGGACACCUCGCCAUCCUCAACUUCCCCAAUGAGUAUUACUGGCAGGCCAUGAGCGCCGCCACGUGUCACCAGCAACCUCCUUACGCGUGGGGUGGAGCUGGUGGCGCCGGCGUGUAUGGUUUUGUGGGAGGGAGCAGCUCGUCUUCGUACACGGCGGCGACGAGGGCUGGCGAAGGCGGCGGAGGGGAAGAGAAUAAGGAGGUGUUUGAGUUCGAGUACUUGGAUGACAGUGUGUUGGAGGAGCUGCUAGAGAGUUCGUUCGAAGAUGAGGAAACACGACGAUAUCAACACUACUAACUCACGACGAAGAGCUACUAUAUAAUAUCUUUGUCCUAUUUUUUCAUUUCAUUCUCCUCCCAUAACAUCCAUUUCCUUUUUUUCUAUGUUCUUUUUGUUUUUUUCGUUCUUUUGGUUCAAACUGGUAUUGGACCACUAUAUUUAUUAGAUAUCUCUCUCAUUUCCCAUUGUUCUUACUGGCCCUGCAUCAUUUUGGGUUUCGUAACCCGAAGUCCUGAACUACACCAAAGUGCAUAAUUAAAAAUUAUGUGAGGA